GCCCUCCCUCUCUUCCUCUUCUCUCCCUCGUUAGGCGAAGCCAAGGCUGUAACUUAGGAAAUGCGAAACGUGAAAGUUAGUUAAAAUUUGUAUUGAUUCUGUUAAAUGGAUGAUCAGAUAGUGGCUUUCAUGGCAGUGCAGGGCUAAUAAGGAAUAGUUAACAAGAAAAGGGAGGUCGCGGCAGUCAUGAGAGCUCAAAAGACAGGCUCAGGUGGAAAUGGACUGAAAAGGCAAUCUGUUGAGAGCCUGUGCUGUCAGAAGAAGCCUCCGCUCCACUUCUGGUUCAAGUUCCUGCUUCUGCUUUGUCUCCUGGUCUUCAUUUUGUGUUUUGAUCUGUCCAACCGCUCUUUGUCAUGGUGGGAGAGAUUUCCACUGCACAGACUCUACAAAUGGCUUUUCAACAAGUCCAAUCAAGUUAACGUACCACCUUAUAAAGUUCAUCCAAAGCACAAAGCUGUCUUUCCUGAAAAAACCACAGGCCCUCCUGCUGUGCGACCUAAAGGUAUCCAGUACCACCAAGCCUAUCCACGCAACUACCGUUUUAUUAUGGAUAACCCAGAGGUUUGCCAAAAAGAAACCCCUUUCCUGGUCCUGAUGGUUCCAGUAGAACCAAGUAACGUUCAAGCUCGGGAUGCAAUCCGGCAAACAUGGGGAAAAAAAAGCCUGGUUCAGGGGCAGUUGGUGGUCACUUUGUUCAUGUUGGGUCGAUCUGGUGAAGAUGAUUCUGAGAAGCUGAAACAGGAGAAUUUACAGCAUCAUGACUUGAUCCAGAGUGACUUCAUGGACACGUAUGUUAAUCUGACCAUCAAAACCAUGGUGAUCAUGGACUGGUUGACCACACGCUGCCGUAAGGCAACCUACGCCAUGAAGGUUGACUCUGACAUGUUUCUGAACAUCGACAAUCUGGUGAUCAUGCUUAAAAAAGCAGAAAUCCCCACGAAGGAAUACCUGACAGGGAAUAUUAUGUGGAACAUCCCAGUAAUCCGUUCAAAGGAUUCAAAGUGGUAUGUUCCAGAGGAGAUGUUUCCUGAUUCUAAAUACCCAACAUACACUAUGGGUAUGGGAUAUAUCUUUUCCAAUGAUCUUCCAGAGAAAUUUGUAAAAGUCUCAAAAAUGAUAAAACCCUUUAACAUAGAGGAUGCUUAUAUUGGAAUGUGCAUGAAAAAGCUAGGACUUGAACUCACACCUCCACCCAAUCCUUCCCAGUUCAAGACUUAUAACACAAAGUACAACCGCUGUGAGUACUCGCAGAUAAUCACCUACAUUCUUGGAUCUCCACAAGAGUUGGUGAACUAUUGGACAGAUUUAAAGAAGCCUGGACCACACUGUUAGGAUAAUAAAAUUAUAUAGAAGCACUGAGAAGUUGAUUGAAGGGGCUGGUUUAUCUAUAGAGUUCACAGCGAAGGAGCCAUUUAUUAUAGUUACAGGAUUUUUAAGAUGAUCAAAAUGCACUGUAGUGCAAAAACAAAACUUUAUCUUUUUAAGUUGUUUUUGUGUUUAAAACUCUUUCCUGGCUUCUGGAAAAAAAAUUAAAUAGUUUUCAUGGUUAUAUCCCUUUUUGUGUUCUAAUGUUUUUAAACAUUAUGCACAAAAGCAGCUUCCAUCAUUGAAACAAUGACAUCAACUGAACAAUAUAAGGUCUAAUAAAAUCAUUUCCAGGAAUCGUGUGCUAGAAAAAUGUUUUAUUGUGUUGGCUGUCACAUACAUUCUUGGAUCUCCACAAGAGUUGGUGAACUAUUGGAGAGAUUUCAAGAAGCCUGGACCACACUGUUAGGAUGAUAUACUAUAUAGAAGCACUAAGAAAUUGCCCUGGGUAGUUAAAUCUACUUUUCACUUUUACUGUAAAAGGCCUGUCAGGGUUACUAGAUUUGAUUUUCUUUUUUUUUUGUUUUUAAAACUUUUAUGACUUCUGGAGCAAAAUGUAAAACUAAAAAAUUAACUGUAAAAUUAUGAGGAGCUAGUGCCUACUGAAAUGUUUUAUUGAUUGACUGAUGGUAGGAUGAAAUGAGAGAUUAGCUGGAUUAGCUGGUGGAUUGGGGCUUUGUCAUCAUUAAUGAGGGCUUUGAUCCAGUCUGUUGUGGUGAGCUAAACCAAAAGCCAAAGCUUUCAGUUUACUGAUCAAUCUAUGUUCCAACCCUAUACUACGGUAAUGAGAUUUGAGUAUGGGCUGAAAGAAUGAAAUGGCGGAUCCAAGCUGCUGAAAUGACCGUCCUUCAGAAGGUGGCUGUGGCUCAACCUAAGAGAUUGAGUGAGGAGCUCAUACAUUCAGAGGGAGCUUAGAGUAGAGCUGCUGCUCCUCUGUAUAGGAAGGACCCAGCUGAGGUGGUUCAGGCAUCUAUAGGAUUUCCCUGGUUGCCUCCUCAUGAAUGUUAUCUUAGCACAUCUCACUGGGAGGAGACCCUGUGACAGACCCAGGACCUUCUGGUAGGAAGGAUUAUCUCUUCUGGCCUGAUAAUGCCUUGGAUUCCCCAAGGAAGAGCAGGAGAGUGUUGCUGGGGAGAGAGAUAUUUGGAAGUCCUUCCUGAACUUGUUGGUUCCACAACCUAACCUUGUUAAAAAAAAAAAGAAAAAAAAGAAAGUAGAAGUCAAAUGGAUGAAUGUUGUACAGUCAUAACAAAAUUGCAAAGUGUCCCUACAAUUAUUUUUUUUCAAGCAACAAAUCUUUUUAAUCCUCUGAAAGCAGGAGGUGAGGAGGUCAGUCCUUUUAGUUUUUGUUUUCUUUUUUUCUUUCUUUUUUCUUAUUUUGAGUGAUUUUGUGUUACACUCAACAUCUACAUACCAUUUGCAUUUUGUGUUGCUCCUCAUUCACUACUGAUGAGAAGAAGGAUGAAGAAAAGGAAAUAACAUGCAAAUGAUUUGAGAAAAUAUUUUGUGUUUUGUCUGCUCAGCACUGUGUAAGUAUAUAUUUAUUUACACAAAAAAGUUAUUUAGAUGCCAUGCAUCUAUAUUACUUUGGCAGGGUUUGGUGUAAAAAAAAGAAAAAAAAAACAUUGGAAGGACUUUCUACUUUCUAAAGGUCCACUCUGCUUAUAUUCACAUUGUGACAUGAAAUUAUGAAUGUCAACUGUGGGGGAGACUAAAUAAAAGAUUACUGUAGAUAAAACA